ACUUACGAAGUAAGUUUACUUGCUGCUGGUGUACUUGGUCACAGCCUUCGUUCCUUCACUGACAGCGUGUUUGGCCAGUUCACCGGGCAGAAGCAGCCUGAUAGCGGUUUGGAUCUCGCGGGAGCUGAUGGUUGAUUUCUUGUUGUAGUGGGCAAGGCGGGAAGCUUCGGUGGCGAUGCGCUCGAAGAUGUCGUUGACGAACGAGUUCAUGAUGCCCAUGGCUUUACUAGAGAUACCAGUGUCAGGGUGAACUUGCUUCAACACCUUGUAGAUGUAGAUAGCGUAGCUUUCCUUUCUCUUUCCUCUCCUCUUCUUCUUUCCAUCAGAUGGAGCCUUUGCCUUUCCGGCUCUCUUCUCGCCUUUCUUACCUGCAACUUUGGGGGCCAUGUCUGUAUUUCAAUAUGGUUUAGAAAUGCCUGAAUACUCUAUGCACUUGAUAUUUAUAACAGAAUAGGGUAAGGAUCGAUUAACAUACGGAUCGAAAAUCAAGUUAUUUGAUUGGCUAAAAACAUGGAUAUACAGAAGUCUUUUACACUUAGCCACGUGUUGCAAUGUCACAUGAAAACAAAGCUUCUUUGAAAAUUAAACCGAGAGCCUUGAUUGGUGCCUUUCGAUCCUACAGACUUUGAAAUAAUCUACAAAUAUUGCUUUCUGCCAAAAUUUGAACUCUCACUUCACUAGAAGGUUUCUGUUAACUUUGAAAACAUGUCUGGUCGCGGUAAAGGAAAAGCUAAGGGCACCAAGUCCAAGAGCCGAUCAUCCCGAGCAGGGCUUCAAUUCCCUGUUGGUCGUAUCCACCGUCUUCUUCGGAAAGGCAACUAUGCUGAGCGUGUUGGUGCUGGUGCUCCAGUGUACCUAGCUGCUGUGCUUGAGUAUUUGAGCGCUGAGAUCCUAGAGUUGGCUGGAAACGCUGCUCGUGACAACAAGAAGACAAGAAUCAUUCCCCGUCACCUUCAGCUGGCCGUCCGAAAUGACGAAGAGUUGAACAAACUGCUCGCCGGUGUCACUAUCGCGCAAGGUGGUGUUCUUCCCAAUAUCCAGGCUGUACUUCUUCCCAAGAAAACCGAGAAAAAACAGAAAGCUUAAUUCAGCUUUCAUUUACCAAACGGCUCCUUUAGGAGCCACCAAAUGCUAUAAAAGCCAUGACCAUGACUCGCUUUGGAAGUCUAAACUACCAAAAAGUAUUGCAAGUAGUUAAAACAACGCGGAAAGAUAAAUUUUCUCGGUUAAUUGAUCUUUCCAAAUAGCGCUUUUAUUUCUAAACGUGCCUGACUAAGAUAAGUUAAUUUACAUCCAGUUUCAGUGAGUUAUGCACUCCAGAUCGAGUAUUCUUUAAGCUUCAUCUCUUCUUAAAAUAACUGUCAUAGCGUACGCGCUUUCUCGUGCGUAUCCUGCGUCAACUUGAUUAUACCAUUCGAAAGCCAACAUAACUAUUUAAAUGUAAAUUUUAAGAACACUUUUGAAUGGAGCGCAAAAUUUAACCGCAUCUAAAUGAGUGCAGUUUUAACGUUGAGCACGAAGUAACUGUUUUAAUAGUUUCCGAUAAUGAGAUGAUGUCCCGUUAAACUUUAGUUUUCAUGCGAUGUUAAGUAGAGCACAUGAGUUAGCAUGAAGAGUAUUGCAAAGGUAAUUUUUUAACAAACGUGCGCAGCCAUCCAUACAUAAGUAGCCAACCAACCAACCCCCUAGUUACUCACUGAAGUGGUUUGUAACAGACGACUUAACAUUCAGUGAAUCAAACUGUGGUGGCGUUUAGUGGUUACUACAAACGGUUUUGUCGCCUAUUGCUUUCUUGCUCUAUCUCUGCCUUCCAUAUACCUUGCAAAUAGAUUAAUUAGCCCUACGAUUUCUGUAGACAAAUACAAGAGAACAAGUCGAGUCGCUCGACUGAGGUACCUUACUCUUAUUUUGGAAAGAUUGAAGUGUCUCUACUUAGAUUACAUUCUAGUAAAAGAUGCGAAUAAAUUCGAAUGAGCGGCAUAAAAACUAAUUAGCACAAAAUAAAGCUAACAUAAUUAUGCUUCGCUCGGCGCUUUAUUUCCCACCAUUUUGACUUUGAAUAAAACCUUUGCGCAAAGAUAUCGCUUUGUACCGAAAAGUACCACAAGGCACAAUAAACGCAACUGGUUUCUAAGAAGUUGACAGACAUUAAUGUCAGCAAACGUUCCAGAGAUCAAUUACGCUUACUAGAACGCGGCACAUGACUUAAAGUACGGAUUACGAAAGGAACAAGUUAUCAUUAGGCUGCAUUUUUAUUUCUAGGAUUGAACACUGUAUCUUUCAUGGAGCUUUGUAUUAACUGAUUUGGUGUGCGAGCUCUCUGGCCGAUGCGUUCCUACUACUUGUUCUUUGGUGACGAGUCACCCAUGAACGACCAACAUAAUCGAUACGCGCGGAGGCCGUUAGUUCUUAGUAUAUACAGUAAACCCGUGACGAAAUGAAGUAAGAUUUCCGAGACAUUGUAAAGUAAAAGACAUUAAAAUCACUUUUGAGUCAUUAACAUCGGAUUGCACAAGCGUGCGCAACCAGGGCUGAAAUUUGAAACAGUUUUCAAAACUUUGCUGAAAUUUUGCUCAAUACCAGCUUCAUGACUUUGAUUCCUUUCGCGUCGAAAAAGUCUUAUGUUUUGGUGUGUCAAAUAGUAGGAGAGGCCGUUGGCGGUUACUUCAAAUAGUUUUCCCGUCCACAUGUACCGUAGAAGCGCUACGGAAACCCGUCCUUUCAAUACGAAUUCAAGCAGUGUAGGAAGAAAGAGUUAAGUACUGUACUGGAGAAUUGGUUAUGACUUUCAUAGGAUAUGGUGGCUCCUAAAGGAGCCGUUGGUUUGUGUAGACGGUGGAAUCUAGCCACCAAAUCCGUACAGAGUACGUCCCUGGCGUUUAAGAGCGUAUACUACAUCCAUGGCUGUCACGGUCUUUCUCUUUGCGUGCUCGGUGUACGUCACGGCAUCACGGAUCACGUUCUCAAGGAAAACUUUGAGAACACCUCGGGUUUCUUCGUAGAUCAGUCCAGAGAUUCGCUUGACACCGCCACGACGAGCAAGACGACGGAUGGCUGGCUUGGUGAUGCCUUGGAUGUUAUCACGAAGGAUUUUUCGGUGACGCUUGGCGCCUCCUUUUCCUAGACCUUUGCCUCCUUUACCGCGACCGGACAUGUUGUAGCUCUCUAACUAAAAUGAUUUCCAAAAAGGUGUUCUGCCUGGCUUAUAUACCAAAAAAGUGGACCUCUCCGAAAACUUAGUAAUAUUUUUAUUAGUCAGAUUAAAACAAAAGUAAACCAAGUCCAAAGAGCAAUUAUACACACACAGAUGUAAUAUAUGCGCAUAAUCAGUUCUACAAAGAGAGCUUUGCAUGUUCAUGGCACAAUAUUCAUAGAANUCAAGCAGUGUAGGAAGAAAGAGUUAAGUACUGUACUGGAGAAUUGGUUAUGACUUUCAUAGGAUAUGGUGGCUCCUAAAGGAGCCGUUGGUUUGUGUAGACGGUGGAAUCUAGCCACCAAAUCCGUACAGAGUACGUCCCUGGCGUUUAAGAGCGUAUACUACAUCCAUGGCUGUCACGGUCUUUCUCUUUGCGUGCUCGGUGUACGUCACGGCAUCACGGAUCACGUUCUCAAGGAAAACUUUGAGAACACCUCGGGUUUCUUCGUAGAUCAGGCCAGAGAUUCGCUUGACACCGCCACGACGGGCAAGACGACGGAUGGCUGGCUUGGUGAUGCCUUGGAUGUUAUCACGAAGGAUUUUUCGGUGACGCUUGGCGCCUCCUUUUCCUAGACCUUUGCCUCCUUUACCGCGACCGGACAUGUUGUAGCUCUCUAACUAAAAUGAUUUCCAAAAAGGUGUUCUGCCUGGCUUAUAUACCAAAAAAGUGGACCUCUCCGAAAACUUAGUAAUAUUUUUAUUAGUCAGAUUAAAACAAAAGUAAACCAAGUCCAAAGAGCAAUUAUACACACACAGAUGUAAUAUAUGCGCAUAAUCAGUUCUACAAAGAGAGCUUUGCAUGUUCAUGGCACAAUAUUCAUAGAAGUGUAAUUCAUUUAGUCAAAAAGAGAAGGUGUUUAAAGUACACCAAUUACUUAUUACUUUUGCGAUGGUUAUAUGUAUUUUCUAAUGCGAAACGUCUUGGAAAAACGACUCGAGAUAGCGUAAAGUUUGUUGGGAUCCAACUCCGUCGGCAUGAACCGUUGAUACUUUCUUCAAAAUAUUACAAAGGAUUUUCUUCGCCAAUCAGAAAAAGAUAUUUUUCGACCAAUCAGAAUGUAGCCCGUCAUGUAUAAAAUUCUAAAAUUAUAGUGGAAUAAACUAAUUUAUUGAUCAUUUUAUCCUCAACGAUCCUCUUGAAACGAAAAACAUGGCUCGUACAAAGCAAACUGCUCGUAAAUCAACCGGUGGAAAAGCGCCACGCAAACAGCUCGCCACAAAGGCAGCUCGUUAGAGUGCUCCUGCCACGGGUGGCGUUAAGAAACCACAUCGUUACAGGCCUGGUACGGUCGCUCUUCGUGAGAUCCGUCGCUAUCAGAAAUCUACCGAGCUGUUGAUCCGCAAGCUGCCCUUCCAGCGUCUUGUGCGAGAAAUCGCUCAGGACUUCAAGACCGAUCUGCGUUUCCAGAGCUCUGCUGUGAUGGCUCUUCAAGAGGCUAGCGAAGCUUACCUUGUUGGUCUGUUUGAAGACACCAACCUGUGCGCCAUCCACGCUAAGCGCGUCACCAUCAUGCCCAACGACAUUCAGUUGGCCCGACGAAUCCGUGGAGAACGAGCAUAA